GAACUCCCCUGACUUUGAUUCUUUCACAAGUGCAAUAUCCUAAUAUAUCAAUUCUUCUCCCACUCUCUCUUGAAUCUCUGUCUACUCUGAUAUUUGAUUUCAAAAUAAUCAUUUCGAAAGUUCUUGUCAAACAUACUCAAUCUUAAUCCUCAAUAAAUUCAAAAUGCGUUUCCAAAUCCUCGCCGCUGUUCCCCUUCUCUCCUUUGCCGUUGCACAAUCAACAUCGGUCACCGACAGUACUAUUACAACCCCUGCUACUGUGCCUACUGCAGCUGGUACUGCUGCCAGCACCGUCUCAUCAGACAUUGGCGCCUUUUCCCGCGCUGUUGAACAAGAUGAAUCCGCCCUCUCCAUCCUCUCCGCUCAACUAGCCACCGAAACUAAUGCCGGUCAAAAAACACAACUCAGCGCUCAAAUCUCCCAUCUCACAGUUCAACUCGCAGGCCUCAGCUCUCAAGCAGCAAUCGCCAGCUCCAUCUCUACCGCAGGCGCUGCUGACGCUUCUGCCAAUGCCAUCUCAUACAUUUCCAGUUUGAGCGCUAUAGCAGCAACCGAGACGAAUAGCGCAAUCAAGAGUCAAUUGAGUGUGCAGAUUAGUCAGAUUAGCAGUCAGGCAAGCUUGACUUCUACAAGUGCCAGUCAAAGUGCUCAAUCAACCGGAAGUGUUGUUGUUACUACUACAGACAGCGAUGGAAAGACCGUCACUUCAACUGCUAGUGCUACUGCCAGGUCCUCUUCCAGUGGAACUUCAAGCGGAAGCUCAAGUAGCAGCAGUGCAGGUGCCAUGGCUACCAGGGUUCCAGCAAUUGGAGCUGCGAUUAUGGGAGCUGCUGCUUUUUUGUUGUAGGGUGAUGGGUUUGGAAAAUAAUAUGAGGAGGAAUUGUAAUGUGGGAAUGAAUUGGUGUAAUGGGAAUGGGGUUGUAAUCGUGUCUUAAUGGAUGGAUAUGUGGUGGGAUGCGUCAAUACGAUUUCAAUGUACAAUACCUUUACGAAGAUAUUUGAUACCUUAAAAUGCACUUGGUUGGGUUGUUAAUUCAAGACUAUCAUAUCGUUAACUGACUGACUGCUUCCGCAUAAUUUUCUUUUCUGCA